AUGGCCACUCCCCGAGUUCUGGUCAUCGCGGGCUCUGACAGCUCUGGCGGAGCCGGGCUCGAGGCAGACCAGAAGGUCCUUGCAGCCCAUGGCUGCUAUGGGAUGACAGCUACAACAGCCUUGACGGCUCAAAACACUUUGGGUGUCGAGGACAUCCACAUCACGCCGCCGGCCUUUGUGGGGAAGCAGAUCGAUGCUUGUUUGACGGAUAUUGGAUGUGAUGCCGUCAAGAUUGGGAUGCUCGCCUCGGCGGGAACGGUCAAAGUGGUUGCGGAAGCGCUUCAACGCCACAAGGUCUCUCCGAUCAUUGUCGAUCCUGUUAUGGUCGCCACCAGCGGCGCACAGCUGCUUCCCGGCGAUGCUGUGAAGAACCUGCGCGAAAGACUCUUGCCCAUGUCGACGCUCCUCACACCCAACAUCCCCGAAGCCACGCUCCUCUUGCGCGACGCAGAUGUGCAGUACAAGUCUCCCUCGGGCCUUGAUGACCUGAAGGCCCUGGCCAAGAUGGUCCACCAACUCGGUCCACAGGCAGUGCUGGUCAAGGGAGGCCACAUGCCCCUGACGAAGAACUACGUCAAAGCCACUCGCGACGAAGACAAAGCCUUUACGGUGGAUGUUCUUUACGACGGCAACGACUACACAAUCAUCGAAUCGCAGUACUUGGCUUCCAAAAAUACCCACGGGACGGGCUGCUCGCUCGCCAGCGCCAUCGCCUCAAACAUGGCCCUCCAGAAAUCCAAAGCACAGACCCCGUCUCUCGCCACGGCGACUCGUCUCGCGGUGCACUACGUCUCUGCGGGUAUCAAAACUGCGGACGCCUCGAUCGGCAAGGGCUCGGGCCCGAUAAACCAUUUCCACAACCUUCAAAUCCUGCCUUUCUCCCAGGGCCACUUCAUCGACACUUACCUGCUCACGCACCCGCUCGUGGCGCGCAGCUGGGAGGCAUUCACGCACCACCCGUUCGCGACGGCCAUGGCGCGCGGCACGCUGCCCGAGAAGUUGUUCAAGAACUACCUGGUGCAGGACUACCUGUACCUGACGCACUUUGCGCGCACGCACGCGCUGGCGGCGUACAAGUCGCAGACCAUGACGGCCAUUGCGGCGAGCGCCGGCAUCAUCCUGCACAUCCAGCGCGAGAUGGAGCUGCACCUGUCGUACUGCGCUGAGUUCGGCAUCUCGCGCGCCGGCCUCGAAGACCCCAAGCAGAGACCAAAGGAGUCGCCUGCCUGCAUCGCCUACAGCCGCUACUGCCUCGACGUGGGCGCCAGCCAGGACUGGUUGGCCCUACAGAUGUCCCUGGCCCCCUGUCUGAUCGGCUACGGCGUCACGGCGGCCCGCCUGUACAGGGAGCGCGAGAGCGUCACGGGCGACCAGGGAAAUCGGUACUGGAGGUGGGUCGAGAAUUAUGUCGCGGACGAUUAUCAGGAGGCUGUAAGGGUGGGGAGAGACCUCAUCGAAGCGACCAUCGUCAAGCAAUCGCCGGCGCGCAUCGAGGAGCUCAUCGCCAUCUUCGUCCGCGCGACCGAGAUGGAAGUUCGGUUCUGGGAUUUUGACGCACAUCCCGACGAGGAAGGAGACGGCGAAUGA